UCCAAAAAUAUUCUAACAAUUGGCAAAUUGAGGUGAAGGAAUAUAUUUAGUUUUUAGUAUUACAAUUUUGGCGCAAACGUGCACUUGAUUCAUCCUCAUUCCCACAUAUGGGCAGUAGCAUUGUCGCACAACUGGCACGAAAGUACGGUGCAGUGAUAUUCUUUCCAACCGUUGCAGCCGGAUCCAUAUACGCCGAUUGGUCCCACACGCGCAAUUGGAAACGCCAGCAGCAGGAGUUGGCACGCAACGCAGAGCUAAAAAGUCAAAGUUAGAAGACAACCCACCCCACACAAUCCAUAU